CGAGCCCUCACAAGAUGGCGGCCGCGCUUUAGGAAGGGGGUUCGGGGCGGAGGGGGGAAUCGGUUGAAAACUCGGGCGGCGGGUUGAGGGGGAGCGGGGUCACCGCUCGGCUCAGCGGGUCGGGCAAGAUGUCAAUGUCACAUCUGUACGGGAAAGACAGCAUCGACGAUGAGGUGGAGGUGGAGCGGUUUGAGAUUUCAGACUGGGACUUGGAAAAUGAGUUCAAUCCAGACCGUGUCCGCCACCGACAAACAAAGGAAGAUGCGAUCUAUGGCAUGUGGGCUGAGAAUGACUCUGAUGAUGAAAGACCAAGUUUUGGGGGAAAACGAUCCAAAGAUUACACAGCUCCAGUGAACUUCAUCAGUGCUGGACUCCGUCGAACAGCAGCUGAGGAAAAUGAAGAGGAGAAGGACUCCGAUGAGUCUGAUGAAGAGAAAGUUAAACGAGAAGAAUUUCCAAAAGAUUUUGCACCAAAGAAACUGAAAACUGGUGGUUUUUUCAAAUCUCAUUCGAAAGGAUUCACAGGAGGACAUCGAACAAACCAGGAAAUUGGCACCUGGGAAAAACACACAAAAGGGAUUGGACAGAAACUGCUUCAGAAGAUGGGUUACGUGCCUGGGAGAGGUCUUGGAAAGAAUGCCCAAGGUAUUGUGGCACCAAUUGAGGCAAAGAUGAGGAAGGGGAAAGGAGCAAUUGGUGCUUACGGGUCUGAGCGAACAGAGCAGUCACUGAAAGACUUUCCUAUUGUCGACUCGGAUGAGGAUGCCGAUGAGGAGUUCCAGAAGGAGAUGAGCCAAUGGCGGAAGGAUCCUACAGGUGGGAAGAAGAAACCUAAAUAUAACUAAACUGUGGAGGAGUUAAAGGCAAAGGGAGCAACAAGCCUGGGUAGGAAAAUGGCUACACCACAAACUGAACUCUCACAGGUUAAGGUUAUAGAUAUGACGGGAAAGGAACAGAAGGUUUAUUACAGUUACAGCCAGAUAAACCAGAAGCAUGAUAUUCCUGAUGAUGCACAAUCCCCAGGCAAAGACACCAAGUCUGAGGGUUUUUCACUUCCAGAGCUGGAACACAACCUGGAGCUGCUCAUUGAAAUGACUGAGCAGGAAAUCAUCCAGAAUGACCGUCAGCUCCAGUAUGAGAGGGACAUGGUGGUCAACAUCUCCCAUGAGAAUGAGAAACUCUCUGAAAUACUUGCGCAUGAGGGUAAGAUCAUAGACAAGCUCAGCCACAUCUUGCAGAUUGUGGAGGAUUGUGAGAAGAGACUGCAACCCAAUUGUGAAAAUCCAUUGACCCUGGAAGAAUGUGCAAAAAUCUUUGAAAUGUUGCAGGAGAAAUAUUUUGAAGAAUAUAAAAUGUUUGACCUGGCAGAACUCUCCAUUGCCAUUGUAUUUCCACUGCUGAGAGAAUACUUUAAGGCCUGGAAUCCUUUGCAGGAUAACAAAUAUGGUUUGGAGGUCAUGUCUAAGUGGAGGAAGCUUCUUGAACGAGACCAGCUGCAACAUGGAGGUUGUGAUAUGCUGUCAAUCGACCCCUACCACAGGUUGAUGUGGGAAGUGUGGAUGCCAUCUGUACGUAACGUCAUAUCCCAGUGGCUGCCCCGGAAUUGUGCUCCAAUGGUUGAUUUCUUGGAGAACUGGAUGCCUGUGAUCCCUCUUUGGAUAUUGGAUAAUAUUCUUGAACAAUUGGUGUUUCCUAAAUUACAGCGUGAGGUUGAAAACUGGAACCCAUUAACAGACACAGUCCCAAUCCAUGCAUGGAUUCACCCAUGGCUGCCACUAAUGCAGAUGCGCCUUGAACCACUAUAUUCACCGAUCCGCAAUAAGCUUUCCAAUGCAUUGCAGAAGUGGCAUCCCAGUGACUCAUCUGCAAAACUUAUCCUGUUGCCUUGGAAAGAUGUGUUUACACCAGGAUCCUGGGAAGCCUUCAUGGUUAAAAAUAUUGUUCCAAAAUUGGGAAUGUGUUUGACUGAGUUUGUAAUCAAUCCUCACCAGCAGCAUAUGGACACCUUCCACUGGGUAAUGGACUGGGAAGACAUGAUCUCACCAUCUAGCCUCAUAGGAUUGCUUGAGAAAAAUUUUUUUGGAAAGUGGUUGCAGGUGUUAUGUUCAUGGCUCAGUAAUAGCCCUAAUUAUGAAGAGAUCACUAAGUGGUACCUGGGCUGGAAGUCCAUGUUCUCUGACCAGGUGUUGGCCCACCCAACAAUCAAGGAGAAGUUUAAUGAAGCACUGGACAUCAUGAAUCGGGCUGUCACCUCCACAGUUGGUGGCUACAUGCAGCCAGGAGCUCGAGAAAACAUUGCCUACCUCACCCAUACAGAACGCCGGAGGGACUUCCAGUACGAGGCAAUGCAGGAGCGCCGUGAGGCUGAGAACAUGGCACACCGUGGCAUUGGAGUUACGUCUACCUCCAUACCGAUGAACUUCAAGGACUUGAUCCAGGCCAAGGCUGAAGAGCACAAUAUCGUCUUCAUGCCUUUGAUGGGCAAACGUCACGAGGGAAAACAGCUCUACACCUUUGGGCGGAUAGUCAUCUAUAUUGACAGAGGGGUUGUGUUUGUACAGGGAGAGAAAACAUGGGUGCCAACAUCACUUCAGAGCCUCAUUGAUAUGGCUAAGUGAUAUAAAUAGAACACGAGGAAGGUUUGCCAUUCUCCUUUUCACUCUUUUUUUUGUUCUGUUCUCUUAUUCCAGUGACUGCAGUUUUGCAAGACUUUUCACCAGUUUAUUUGGGGAGUGGUGUGAUCGGAAAAGAGACUUUCACGGUGCGGAAAGAUCUUCACUGCACAUGCUGCUUUCUUCUCUUGCUUCCCAAGAGAAAUCAGUUCUGACUCUAACAAAUGGUUCUUAUUCAGUCCCCCUAGGUUACUUGUAGUAUCUCUUUAAACAUGAAAUUCAAUGUUUAUUUUGAUAUCUUUUUUAUUUAUGAACAAUAUGCUCAAUAUUCUGAUGUCAAGUUGGUAUUAAUUUCAAUGUUUUAAUCUCGGUAAAGCUUUCAGAUUCUGAAUGGCCAAAGAUCAUUAAACCAGAGAAAGUUUAUGAUCAAACAAUGGAUUGAAGGAUCCCACUGAUAAUAUAGCACAAAACACUGUCCAUCUCCUAACAUCAGGAACCAUGCUGACUGCAACACUGCUGUCUUUAUAUUUGAGGAUAAGCUUGCUUUGUUUUUCAUAUUUGUUUUCCCUAGGGUAUAUACUAGAGACAAAAAUAAGUUUAGAACAUAGAAGGUACAGCACAGGAACAGGCCCUUCAGCCCACGACAUCUGUGCCAACCGUGAUGCCAGAUUAAACUAAUGCCAUCUGCCUGCACAUGAUCCAUACCCUCCAUUCCCUUCAUGUUCAUGUGUCUGUCUAAUUGCCUCUUAAAUGCCACGAUUGUGUCUGUUUCCUCCUCCACCACCACCACCAACCCUGGUAACGUGUUCCAGGCACCUCCCACUCUGUGAUUUAAAAAAAAAUUUGCCUCACACAUCUCCCUUAAAUUUUCCCCCUCUCACUUUAAAACUAUGCCCUUGACAUUUCUAACCUGGGAAAGAGACUUUCUGACUAUCUACUCGAUGGAUCUAUGCCUCAUAAUUUUAUAAACAAUCAGGUCUCCCCUCAGUCUCCAUUGCUCCAGAGGAAACAAUCCAAGUCCAUCUAACCUCUCCUUAUAGCUAAUACUCUACAAUUGAGGCAACAUCCUGGAUAUUGUCCUCUGCACCUUCUCCAAAGUCUCCACAACCUUCCUGUAACAGGGCGACCAGAACUGAACACAGUACUCCAAAUGCAGCCUAACAAAGUUUUAUAUAGUUGCAACAUAACUUCCUGACUCUUGUACUCAAUGCCCAGACUGAUGAAGGCAAGCAUGCCAUAUGCCUUCUUAACUACCAUAUCUACUUGUGUUGCCAUUUUCAGGGAGCUAUGGACUUGGACCCCAAGAUCCCUCUGUAAAUCAAUGCUCUUAAGAGUCCUGCCAUUUACUGUGUACAUUCCCCUUGCAUUUAACCUCCCAAAGUGCAACACCUCACCCUUGCCUGGAUUAAAUUCCAUCUGCUAUUUCUCCACCCAUAUAUGCAACUGAUCUAUAUCCUGCUGUAUCCUUUGACAACCUUCUUCACAACUCCACCAAUUUUUGUGUUGUCUCUAGGCUUACAAAUCAGCCCAUCUACAUUUUUGUCCAAGCCAUUUUUAUAUAUAUCUCACAAACAACAGAGGUCCCAGCACUGAUGCCUGCAGAACACCACUGGUCACAGACCUUUACUUGGAAUAACAUCCUUUCAUUACUACCCUCUGUCUUCUAUGGCCAAGGCAAUUUUAAAUCCAAUCUACCAAUUCACUGUGGAUCCCAUAUGUCUUAAUCUUCCGGAUCAGCCUACCAUGAGGGACCUUGUCAAAUGCCUUACUAAAAUCAGUGUAGACAACAUACACUGCCCUAGCGUCAUCAAUUAUCUUUGUCAACUCUUCAAAAAAAACAAUCAAGUUUAUAAGACAUGACCUGCCCCACAUGAAGCUAUGCUGACUAUUCCUUUCCAAAUGUGAGUAAAUUGUAUACCCUAAGAAUAUUCUCCAACAGUUUCCCGUAUCUUAUUUUCCCACCCUCAACUAUUUUAUUUAUUUACUAAUGAGAUCUUAUCAGAUCUUAUUAGAUCAUUUAUUAUCUAAAGAUCCUUAAUGACUCCUGAGGAAGUGAGUUAACUUCUUGAAUCUCUGCAAUCCUGCUUUUGCAGAGGGAAUUCCAGGAUUUAAACUGGGUGAAGGUGAAUGAAUUAAAAUAUUUCCAAUUAAUGCAUUUAAUAUCCUAUUAAAUGUAUGUCUGCUUCCCUUGCCCUUACUGUGAUUUUUUAAAAAAUUCUUUCCAUUUCCUCACUGAGGUGUCUUAUUCAAUUGCUACUAAGCAGUCUCUAGAUCAUUCAAGUUUUAAACUAAAUCAGUGUGAUUGGUCUGUCUAAUUCUCCCUUCCAUCUCAGAUUUUUUAACCUUAUUAAAAUGUUUGUUUAUCUUCAGGGUUUUUUUUAGGUUUAGCAAAUAAAGAUUAGC